GCUUCCCCAGAGAAUGAGACCCUGCUCCAUUAAGGAAGCAGAGACACUAUCCCCUUCCCCAAUUCCCCAUCACCCACCCCAGGGCUGGUAUCCAUUGGUCCAUAGGUCUUUGCAAAGUGAGAGCUCUGUACCUUCAUGGAAAGGCCUAAGCACCUGUUAUCUCCUGGAGUUAGUGUUUUUGAGGGACAACUGGGACCAGGAGAGGAAGGAGGCGGGCUUAGUGAAGGGAGUGGAGAGACCUGGGACUGUACUGUGUUGAACUAGGAAGGACAAGGGCAGGGAAGGUGAGGGAUGGAGAAAAGGAGGCUCUGACGUGCUUCCCAUCCUGAGUCCCAAUUUGGAAAUUUCCCAGCUCAGAGAGAAAGAGAAUAUGGGCCUUUCUUCUGCCCCUCCCAAUCCCCCCUUGCCUUGGGUCAAGAUCUGCAAAUUUCUAGACUCUAGAUCUUGGUCCUGGGAGUGACCUUGGGAAAUGAACUGAAAAAGACUGGAAGGAAUGUCCAAUGCAAAGAAAGGAAGAAAUGGGAUUUAGAUGGGACAUAGGGCCCAGGCUCAUCUCUUUUGUGAGGAAAGGGAGGUAAACUAGAUCAAGGCCCUGCCCCCAGGGAGAUCACUAGUAUUGGGAAGCACAGACUUUCAUGUAAAAAACAGGGAACACCACUGGAGAGUGUAUAUUCAUGCAACAAGGAGUUGUAUACCCCUAGUCCUUACAUAUCUGUUGUACUAUAAACUAUUUAUACUAUUUGUAUAUAUAAACUAUUUAUAUAAAGUGUAAUAAAUGGGACUAUUUAUGAGCACAGGUACAAUGUUGGACCCAGCCCCCAAACUGAGGGUUAAGAUUUGGAGAUCCUUUUCUCAGGAUCUUCCCUGUUUCCAGUCUCUUCUCCCUAUCUCAUGGAUUGAUCUAAUUUAAAGGGCUAAUCACUGGCUCUUACCUACUUUCACUUUCCCCUGCCCCACAAAAAACACCUUUCAGUGGUUCCUCUUUGCAUACAAGAUGAAGUCUGAAUUUUACCUGGCCUUAGGCUUUCCAUCCUUUAGCUUCUAGCUCACAUCUGCAAUCUUAUCAUUUAAUUACAUGAUCCUCCCGCCAAAUCUAGCUCCUCAUUCUCCCUCCCCUCCCCUAAGACAGCAUGCUGAUUCCAACCUCUGCACCUUUGCUUUUGCUGCUCCCUCUCCCUGGUCUUCCUUCUUUCCUCACUAUCUCUCUAGCCUUCCUACCUCCUUUUCCAAGGUUGAGCUUCAAAGCUUAGCACAUCUACACUGCCAAAUCUCCUCUGAGCUCUUUACAACCUGAUCCCCACCCUACCUUUCUAGUUGUAUUAUACAUUUUUUUUCCCUCUGCACAAACUGGACUUUCUUUUCCUAGAAUGUAUUCCACUACCAACAUUCAUCUUUUUUCCAUCUCUGCUUUUCUUCAAGACUCAGAUCCAGCGCUGAUCCCCACUAUCCUUCUGAAUGAGGUCUUUUCUAGUCUCCCUCAUACAGCUACUAGCACCUUCUCCAGCCUUCCACCGUCUUCAUGUAUCUGUUUUGUUUGUACAUAUGUAGAGGGGCAUUUUCUCUCCCCCAUUAGCAUGAAAACUCAAAGGCAACUGAUUUCCUUUUGUCUUUCUGUCCCUAAAACUUAAUGCUAUGCCUGGACCAUAAUAAGUGCUUAACAAAUAUUGGCAGAUUGUUUGGCUAAAUUCAACAAACAUUUAUAGUAUUAACGAUGUUCUGGGCCCUGGAAGUACAGAUAAAAUAUGGACCCUGCUGGUGAGGAACUAACAACAACAAUAACAGCAUUUACAUAGCACUUAAGAGUUUUUAAAGCACUUUUAAAGUAUUAUCUCAUUUAUGCCUCAUUUAUGCCAUAGUUUCCAUUUUAUAGAUGACGAAACUGAGGCAGUCAAAGGUUGUAAAUUGCUCAGGCUCACACAACUAAUAAGUGUUUUAGGUAGGAUUUGAACUCAAGGCUUCUGGUCUACAAGUCCAACACUAUCCACUGUUUGACCUACUUGUCUUGUAAUAAAAUAGGGAGAAAGACAUAUGCAUAUAUAAUUCUGAUAUAAAGGAAAGUGAAGUCAGGAUAAAGUGCCAAAGAAAUUUGAGAAAGGAAUCUUCUUUAGAAGGGAUUGAUCCUUGGGAAAGAUUUCAUGGAGUGUGUGAAAUUUAAUUUGAGCUCUGAAAGAAGGAAAGGACUUCAGAUCAAGGGUGAGGAGUCAAGGGGGAAGGCUUCUUCCCCAAUUUGGGGAGAGAAUGAAAAAAAAAAAACGCAGAGAUGGGAAAGGAAAAGAUAAGAAAAGAGAAAGCAAAAAUUGUCCCAUUUGGUAAAAUUUAGAGCAUCUGAAAGAAAGGAGCAUUAAAAGAAGGCUGGAAAGGUAGGUAGGAGUCAGACUUAGAAGGCCCUCAUUUGUCAGGAUCAGGAGUCUGUACUUCAUUUGUUUGGCAAUGAAGAGCCAUUGAAAGUUUUUGAGUAACAACAGGAUCAAAGUGUUAGCAAGAUUAUUUGGGGCAGCAAUGUUGAGAUGGUAUGGCAGGUACAACAGUUACAUAUUACAGAAGACCAAGCAAGAACUGAGAAUUGAGCUGGGGGCAGUGGAAAUGAGGGGGUGGUUGUGACAGCUGAAGUGCUUCCUCGAUCACAGAACUUUGGAACCUUUAUUGUCUGUCCUGCUUACUGUGACUUUUCCAGGCUCAUCAAGAUAAUACUUUUCUUUGGAUUUGAACUCAGCUCUUCCUGCCUCCAAGUCCAGCACUCUAUCAAACUGUUGUCUGUGCUGCUUAUUGGGUGAUGAUGGAGAUGUUCCAGAACCUGCUAGCCCUGUGGGGCUCAAGUCCUGAUACGAUUGUGAUGACAUCUAGAGCAGCUCAUUGUGAAAUUCCCAGAGGAGGGUCAGGGCCUUCUGACUCCCAAUACCAUGGUGUCCAGAGGAAAAGCGACCUGAAUGGUGUAUCAUCAAGAGCGAUGGAAGGAGGUCAGCCGAGCCCCCGACCUUCCCAGGUUCCCUCAGGGGGCAUGGUCUCCUCACAGGUGAGGGCUAUCAUUCGCCUGCGUAGAAAAUUCCGAGUUCUUCGCAGGAGCCGCACACGAGCCAACCUUCCUGGGGAAGCCCCCCUGGCUCUGACCCCGUCCCCCUCGCAGCUGCUUCAGAGACAGAUCUCUUUCGACCGAGCCAAGUUGGGCAGCACCCCCACGUCCCACUUCCACCACCGCGCCAAUUUCGAGAAACCCCAGUAUUUCACCUUCGAGGCCCCGGUGGAAUCCUCCUUACGGAAGAAGAAGCGCCGUAAAUCCCGGGUCGUGUUGUACCCAGAGAGUUCUCGCAAGUACCUCCCCACCGAGCAGAAGAGCAAGGCCAAACGCUGCCUGCUGCUGCUUGUGGCCAUUGUCUGCUUUCAGAUCCUCAACGCCAUCGAGAAUCUUGAUGACAACCUGCAGAAGUACGACCUUGACGGGCUAGAGAAAGCCCUGCAGCGGGGUGUGUUUGGCCAGAAGGCUGCCACGGACAGCAUCAUGGAGCUGCUGCGGGAUUAUCUGGCCACGCACAUCCACAGCCAGCCCCUGGUCAUCUCGUUCAACGGCCCGAGCGGCGUGGGCAAGAGCCACGUGGGCCGACUGCUGGCCAAACACUUCCGUUCGGUGAUGGACGGGGACUUUGUGCUACAGUACUACGUGAUGCAUCACUGCCCGGACCCUCAGGAGGGCCCCGCCUGCCAGCAGGACCUGGCAGAGAGGAUCACCGACAUGGUGACGCGGGCCGAAGUAGAGGAGAAGAUCCCCGUGUUCAUUCUGGACGAGGUGGAGUUCAUGUCCCCGGCCCUGCUGGACACCCUACACGGCUUCCUCCAGCCCCAGCAGUCCAACGAGUUCCUCAAUGCCAUCUAUGUGCUCAUCAGCAGCAUCGGGGGCAGCGAGGUCACGCGCUUGGUGCUGCAGAACGUCUCCAGCCAGCUGAGCCCCCAGCGCCGCAGGGAGGAGCUCAGCCAGGCCGUGCACAGCCUCCUGGCGGGCACCCACCCGCUCUGGGAGGUGGCCGAGGUGGUCCCCUUUGUCCUACUGGACAAGUGGGACAUCAUGAACUGCUUCCUGGACGAGAUGGUCGGGGAGGGCUUCUACCCCAACCAGAGCCGCAUCGAAAGCCUGGCCGGGCAGCUCAGCUACUACAACACCAAGGAAGGGGAGUUUUCUGUCACAGGCUGCAAGCAGGUGGUGGCCAAGGUCAACCUGCUGUAGGGGGCCCGGCUCUUCCCGCACUUCCCCUCUGACCUCCCCCUUGUCUUGUGAACUUGGAACACGGCCAGGACCCCGCACUGAAGGGCUGGGGAGGGGGACCCUAUCUUCCUCCAGGCUGUCCCAUCUCCUGCCUUGCCCAUGUGGUUCCUGGUUUGGACAGUGUCCCCAGGCUUAUCCUUAGGAAUACUGCCUCGUGGGGUGUGGGGGAGCCCAAAGUGCUGCUUGUAGGAGGAAGGCCAAAGCCUCUAUUUAUACACAAGACUAUAGCUGCUUUCUUGAAGAUUUUCCCCUAGGCUGGGGCAGCAGCCAUCUGGAUUGCUGACUUCUCUGCAAAGGCAAGACACACCAAGGAGCUUCAGGAGCUGAGGGAAGGGCUGGUGCUGGAGGCUGCAGGUCAGACUUGGGGAACUCUUCCCUACACCCCCCUAACUCCCCGCCUCCCAAGACUGAUGUUCAACUCCUGCUUGAUCAUGUGCCAGAUGUUCUGCCCCACAGAACACCAGUCCAGGUGGGGUCAUGGAAGGAGAGAAACUUCCUGAAAGCUGAGACUCUGAGGAAGGGGGGGGCGUUUGUCAGGAUUCUUCCAUGGCCUUCAAGAUACUUAAUAAAUGUCUGCCUGGUUGGUUAUCUGCUUGAUUAGUGUUAAUGAUAUACAUGGGUUUGAACCUUCAUCUUGUUUCCCCAGCCACAAACUGUGAUGUAACCCCAGCUACAAACUGAUCUGAUCCAGCCAAAGACCUGUAAACCUGUAACCUGUAAACCAUAGGAAGCCCUAUGACGCCAGACUGAUUUGUAGUCUCAGCCAUAGACUAACCUUAACUUCAGAUUGCAUCCCUCUGGGGUCACAAACUGGACCUUGACCCUAACUAAUCACCUUGGAAGAUGUGAAUGUCAGGCCCACCUCCUCCCUCCCUGAUGGGAGUCAGUAGUAGUAAGGUCAUCUUCGAUAGCCAAGGGUCAGUAUGUGAUUCAAGGUAGGUAUGGCAGCCUUGAACAGUUGUAAUACUGUACUCACAAUCAUGUUUCUAGUUGUCCCUUCCACCCUCACAGAAGAAGGUUAUGUUGAUCCACAGUCAGGCAGUUGAUCAACAAGCAUUUAUGAAUCAUUAUGAGUCAGAUUCUGUACUAAGUUGGGAAUAUAAAGAAAA